AUGGUAGGGUAUAUGGAUGCUAACUACGCAGGAGACUUGGAUGACAAGAGGUCUACCAUAUGGUACGUAUUUAGCCUUGUGGGAGGACCUAUUUGUUGGAGGUAUAUGGUGCAGUCACUCGUAGCUUUAUCUACUACUGAGUCGGAGUACAUGGCAGUGGCUGAGGCUACUAAGGAAGCGUUGUGGGUCAGGGAAUUGAUUGCUCCAGGAGAACUUCUACUUGAGAAGGUUCAUAUGUCUAACAAUGCAGUUGAUAUGCUGUCGAAGCGAUCCACAACGGACAAGCAUUUCUUGAACUUGAUCAAUGUCUCCAGGUGCUAG